AAGAAAAAUGGAAAAGGGCCCAGUUCCAACCGGCCCCAAUUUCAAUUUUCCCACGCGGACAAAGGGAUAAGCAACAAAAAAAACGCAAUGGACAACCAGGCUCCCGAACGAGGCAGUUAGUUGACAUUUUCGCAUUUUUAAAAGCUGAUUAGUUCUUCAAUUGAGUUCUAAUUUCUUGACAAUCAGUGUCUGAACUGUCAUUUCCAUAGUAUAUAUUUAUGUGACCAAGCCCUUUGCUUUAGUCAUUCACUCAUUCUAUAUGUGAACUCUUCAGACUCGUUCUUCUUUUUCUUCGUCUCCCAACAGCCAUAGCCAGUAUCGAGAAAACAAAAGCAAAAGAUUGUUUUGGAUUUCUCUUCGAUUCUUGAAGAACCCAUCUUUUUGUUUUCUGAAAGUUUCAGUUUUUCCAGUGAGCCACUGAGUUAACAGCACGAUGGCCGAACGAGUCCACCCGAGUGACUCCCCACCUGCCACCAAUGAACACUCGAUGCCAAAACCAGCACCUCCGUCGCCAGAGAAACCUGUUCCACAACCUGGAACUUACGUCAUCCAAGUCCCCAAGGACCAAAUCUACCGCGUCCCUCCGCCGGAGAACGCACGCCGCUACGCUCAUCUGUCAAAACGUAAGGCUCGGCGGAGCACCUGCCGCCGAUGCUGUUUCUGCUUGUUGAUCAGCAUCCUUGUUCAACUCCUCGCCGCCGGUAUUGUUGCCGCCGUGGUCUACUUCGUUUUCAAGCCUGAGUCCCCAAAAUACUCCGUGGAGAGCGUGGCCAUCAACGGGUUCAACCUGACGUCAUCUUCUCCGCUCUCGCCAGAAUUCGACGUCACUGUCCGGGCACACAACCCCAACGAUAAAAUCGGUAUUUACUACGAGAAGGGCAGCUCCGUCAUAGUUUACUACGAAGACAUUAACAUCGGUAACGGCGCGUUGCCGGCUUUUUACCAGCCAACGAAUAACGUAACGGUGUUUCAAAUGGCUUUAAAGGGCUCCGGUAUCGAACUAACCAACGCCGCGCUUACGACGCUUUCCGAUGAGCAAAACAAAGGAGCGGUGCCUUUUACUUUGAAGCUGAGAGCGCCAGUUAAGAUUAAAGUGGGAUCCAUUAAGACGUGGAGGAUAACCGUUAAAGUGACGUGUAAGAUAACGGUGGACAAUUUAACGGCGGCGUCCAAGAUUGUGUCAAAGAAGUGUGAUUAUGGAGUAGACAUUUGGUAGCGUUUGGAGUACGGUUGAAAAGUUGGAGUGUUUGGUCGUGGAGAUAGUGCUUCAUGAAUAUAGUUUUCUUUUUUAACGUUUUGUGAUUAAUAUGUCAUUAGUUGUGAUUAAUAUGUUCAGAUUAAAUUUUAAAAUUUAUAAUAUUAUAUAUUAUUCAAAAAA